AUGGUGCGCGUGCCCGGAUCUCUUGGGGCCUCCGGAUUUCACCGUGAGUCCGUAGAAGAUGUUGCUCGGAGGACUUCUGUUGACGGAAUCGAGGGUGAUCUGGAGACAGAUCUAGAAGCCAAACCUCAACAUCCUCCCCAGGUCCCUUCGGGGACCCCGGUGGAUCUUGGUGCGAACCGAGAUUCACUAACAAAACAAACUAAGGCGGGAUCGGACCGAUACGCGUUCGCUGACUCGCCGACCAGGCUCGAUGCGGACUACCUGGACGCGAUCGCGGACAAGACCCAGAUCGUGAGGAAGAAGCUGAGAGCGCCAGGCUUGGACGACGAAGAUCCCAGACCGUCGGCGCUCGACUGGUCUGAGGCUGACCUGGAUCGUCAGUAUUACUUGAAGGAACUGCGAGAUUUCUUGCGUCAAGAUCCUGUCAUGGUGAUCGUGCGGCCAGAGCAGAUCGACGACCCGAAGGGCCUGAUCUCGGCCCCCCGAGUGAUGGACAACAAGCUGAUGGCGGUGAAGAACCUGCUCGGACUGUUGAAGGAAGCCGGCUUCGUGGCUGGCGCCUUUGAAGCGAAUGAUCUUUUCGAUCAGGAUCUCGAUGUGAUCCAGACAGCGAUCCAGACAUUGGUCGACAAGUUGAGACCUUUGGUCGACGUGAUCGCGGACAGUCCGGAUCCGAAGGUGCCAGAUCUAGUGUCGCCAGCUCCCGCGUCGUCGCCGCGGAUGGAGUCCACUGGGAUCUGCGAUGUUGGACGCACGAUCACGGAGUCAACGUCAGGAACGCAUACGAUCAGGACCUCGGAAGCAGAAACCCAAGUCGACCGAUCGGACCACCAGUGCUACCGGAUCAGAUGA